AUGAUCCCUUCCAAUGCUAGGCCGCUGGCUAUUGGCUUCCUUGAACUAACAGAUCCAAUCAGUAUUCUCGUCUUCAUCCUGACACUCCUCCUCCUCUCUGCCGACUUUUAUUACUUGAAGAAUAUUGCUGGUCGCCGACUAGUAGGUCUGCGAUGGUGGAACGAAGUCAACACGGGCAGCGGCGACUCGCAAUGGGUCUUCGAGUCGUCUGACCCCAAUGUUCGCACCAUCAGUGCCACCGAUAAGCGGUUCUUCUGGCUCAGCAUGUACCUGACUCCGGCUCUGUGGGUGGGCCUUGCGAUCCUGGCCAUUGUGCGGUUGGUCGGCGUGAUCUGGCUCAGUCUCGUUGCUAUUGCCCUUAUCUUGACCAUCACCAACACUGUGGCAUUCUCUCGCUGUGAUAAAUUCAGCCAGGCCUCAACCUAUGCCAACACCGCGCUGGGUGGUGGGAUUGUGAACAAUCUUGCAGGUGGCCUGCUGGGCAGGUUUUUCAGAUAA